AUUUGCGGCUGGCUGAGGGAGGGGGAGAGGAAGCGGGGGGUUGAAGCCCAGCCGGGCCGCCUCCCCGUGUAUAAAUUCCGCAACCAAGGCAUUUUUCUUCCUCUUUCUGUUACCUGGCAAAGGGGAGCAGCUGCUGCGGAGUAAUCGCUGAAACCUGAAACGUAAGCAAUCAUGGGAAAGGAAAAGACCCACAUUAACAUCGUGGUUAUCGGCCACGUCGACUCCGGCAAGUCCACCACCACCGGCCAUCUGAUCUACAAAUGCGGUGGUAUCGACAAGAGAACCAUCGAGAAGUUCGAGAAGGAAGCCGCUGAGAUGGGCAAGGGCUCCUUCAAGUAUGCCUGGGUGCUGGACAAACUGAAGGCUGAGCGUGAGCGUGGUAUCACCAUUGACAUUGCCCUGUGGAAGUUUGAGACCAGCAAGUACUACAUCACCAUCAUUGAUGCCCCUGGACACAGAGACUUCAUCAAGAACAUGAUCACUGGUACCUCACAGGCUGACUGCGCUGUGCUGAUUGUUGCUGGUGGUGUUGGUGAGUUUGAGGCUGGUAUCUCCAAGAAUGGACAGACCCGUGAGCACGCCCUCCUGGCUUUCACCCUGGGAGUGAAGCAGCUUAUCGUUGGAGUCAACAAGAUGGAUUCCACCGAGCCCCCUUACAGCCAGGCUCGUUUCGAGGAGAUCACCAAGGAAGUCAGCGCUUACAUCAAGAAGAUUGGCUACAACCCUGCCACUGUUGCUUUUGUCCCAAUUUCUGGAUGGCAUGGAGACAACAUGCUGGAGCCCAGCUCUAACAUGGGCUGGUUCAAGGGAUGGAAGAUUGAGCGUAAGGAGGGUAAUGCUAGCGGUACUACUCUUCUGGAAGCCCUGGAUGCCAUCCUGCCCCCCAGUCGCCCCACUGACAAGCCCCUCCGUCUGCCCCUGCAGGAUGUCUACAAAAUUGGAGGUAUCGGAACUGUCCCCGUGGGCCGUGUGGAGACUGGUGUCCUCAAGCCUGGCAUGGUUGUGACCUUUGCCCCUGUCAACGUGACCACUGAGGUCAAGUCCGUCGAGAUGCACCACGAGUCCCUCCCUGAGGCUACACCUGGUGACAACGUUGGUUUCAAUGUAAAGAACGUGUCUGUCAAAGAUAUCCGCCGUGGAAACGUGGCUGGAGACAGCAAGAAUGACCCACCAAUGGAGGCUGGCAGCUUCACUGCUCAGGUCAUCAUCCUGAACCACCCUGGUCAGAUCUCUCAGGGCUAUGCUCCUGUGCUGGACUGCCACACUGCUCACAUUGCAUGCAAGUUUGCUGAGCUCAAGGAGAAGAUUGACCGUCGUUCUGGCAAGAAGCUUGAGGACAACCCCAAGAGCCUUAAGUCUGGAGACGCCGCCAUUGUUGAAAUGAUCCCUGGCAAGCCCAUGUGUGUGGAGAGCUUCUCAACCUAUCCUCCUCUUGGUCGUUUUGCUGUGCGUGACAUGAGGCAGACCGUUGCUGUCGGAGUCAUCAAGAGUGUUGACAAGAAGGCUGCUGGUGCCGGCAAGGUCACAAAGUCUGCACAGAAGGCUGCCAAGACCAAGUGAAUCUUCCUCAUUCCAGCUGUUCCAAAGGUUGUGGGGUGUUCUGCCCUACCUCCUGGAAUUUUUCUAAACCUGGGCACUCUACUCAAGGACUGGCUAAUGCUGAUUAAAACCCAUCGGAAAAAUUUUCGCAGGAAAGGAAUCCAGUAUGGAUAACUGUUGUGGCUUCAUUGAUUGACAGUGCCUAUUUCAGUUAUUAAUUUGUGUUGAAUGGUUUAGAACUUGCACCUGUUGCCACAUUUAAAUUGGAAGGAAGCUGCUGAGUAACUAAUAAAGGUAUUGAAAAUCAUAAA